AUGCCACUCGUUCUUCCUACUAAGUUUAAAGCUACUCAGAUAGUAUUGUCAGUACUAUUCUUAUUCACACUUGUCAACAUAUUAUUGGCGCUUUAUUCAACUGACAGAUCCACCGCCAACAACAACAACCAUGGUGAUAAUAGUGGUAGUUACUACGGCUACAGCAAAGAAGGUGUAUCUGCAAUAUUUGGUAAACUAUCGUCACUAACUUUACCCACGCUGUCGCUGCUGCUGCUGUCACUGCAAAAGAAAGGACAAGAUUACAAAGUAGUGGGCUAUCAUCACAACGAAGACAAUGACUUUGUUGUGUUUCAGAAGGAUUAUCUGAGUAAUGAACAUCUUGCCACGGAUACCACUCAUCAUUUUUGGAACUUUGUCAAUUCUGAUCUCGACUCACGUCAGAACUAUGAUAUUAAGCUAAUCAAUGGAUAUAACUACAAGGAUUACAUCUCCAAAUUAAACCAAGAACAUUCAUUAAUGUUGAAUAGUUCUUUUUCUGAUCAUUAUGAUAUGGAAAUGAAGUUUACAACUGCUUUUAUUGAAUUUUUCAACACUAUAUUGAAAACAAUUGAGGAUUGUAAACCAAACAUCAACCGUAUUAAUGACGAUGAACAUUAUCCCAAUGCAGCUAAGUUGGAAAAAUAUUACCAAACAUUAAACAAAUUAACUGAUGAUCAAAUGAAUGGGUUCAAGUUCAAACUUGAAUUGAUUCAUAAAAAUGGAAGAAUGCCUGUCUAUGGUGGUCACUUACGAGAAAAUUAUCAACAAGAAUUGAUUAGAAAUAAGGAAUUGUUAUCCAUGUAUAUCACUUUGAAUGAUAUGGAGAUGGAAGCCCUCAAGAAUUCCCAUCAAGUGUUUAUCAACUCAAUGAUGAAAGAUUGGCCAGAGGAUUUGACCAAAUAUAAUAAAUAUAACGAUUUCCUCAAGGGUGAUGGAAUUGUCUAUUUAGCUGGUGGCAAAUAUAACCAAUUGGCUUUACUUUCGAUUAAAGUGUUGAGAGAAAAUGGUUCACGUUUACCCGUGGAGGUUAUCAUCCCCAAACAUGAAGAUUAUGAUGAACAGUUUUGCAAUAGAAUUUUGCCAAAUCUAAAUGGGAAAUGUAAACUAAUGAGUGAUUACAUUCCCAAAUCAUACUAUGAACGAGUUAUCAAGAAUGGUGGUAACGCAGCUGGUUAUCAAAUGAAAAAUGUCGCCAUUUUCAUCUCCUCAUUUGAACGUGUCUUGUACCUUGAUGCCGACAAUAUUCCCAUCAAGAACCCCGACAUAUUGUUUGUCAAUAAACCAUUCACAAACAACCAUUUAGUUAUAUGGCCUGAUUUAUGGAGAAGAUCAACAUCGCCUAAGUUUUAUGAAAUUGCUGGUAUUAAAGUUGAUCCUGCAAAGAAAUUGAGAAAUUCAUAUACAAAAGGAGAUCCAAGAGGUGUUUUCCAAAGUGCUGAUUAUGAAACUUCAAUUGCUCAUAAUUCCUAUCAUGAUUGUCAAGGAGCCAUACCUGAACCAAGUUCAGAAACUGGUCAGUUACUCAUCAACAAAAAAGUGCAUUUUAAAACGUUGUUACUUUCAAUGUAUUACAACACUUAUGGACCUGAUUAUUAUUAUCCAUUACUAAGUCAAGGUGCUGCUGGAGAAGGUGACAAAGAAACAUUCAUUGCAGCUGCUCAUAAAUUAAAUUUACCUUAUUAUCAAGUGCAGGAGUUCAAUCGAGAAUUCGGGCCCAAGGAUGGAACUACUAAUAAACAUUUGUAUUUCGCUAUGGGACAAUAUGAUCCAAUCAUUGACUACAUACAAUCGAAUAAUGAUACUGAAUAUGUUAACAACAAAGCAGCAGCUACAAAACAAAAACAAAAACAAGAAGAUAAAUUGGAAGAAGACCCAGAAGAUAAUCCUUACUUGUCGACUCCACCUACACAAUUUGCCAGCCAUGAAAAGGACAAUAGUAAAUACAACUACGAUUACCAUUUAUACAAAUCAUCCUCAUUAUUCUUCCUUCAUGCCAACUGGCCCAAAUACUUCUUCCAACAAUUAUUCACCACUGAUGAAAGAGGACCCGUUGAUAACAAGGGAAAUAGAAGACGUCUUUAUGGAAAUGAGCUAAGACUGGAGUUGAGCUCAGGGUCUAUAAGUGGAUAUGAUUUUGAAUUGAAGGUGAUUGAACAAUUGCAAAUGUUGUUUUGUACUGCUCCCAAAUUUGAUUUGGGGGGUGUGCCUGAUGCUGAAAGUAAUGAGCGAAGGGAAGUUUGUGAUAAAGUUGAAGAACAGAGACUGUUUUUGAAGAUAUCUUGA